AUGAUGAGCUCGCAGCCACCUUCAAAAGACGACAUACAGCCUUCGUACCUCUAUGGGACAUCAAGCGAUAGAAAGAUGGCUACUGACGCCGUCGAAAGGGUCCAUAGUGCUCAAACUUCUCACAAAUGGGAUCUCAAUCUACCACAAGAGAAGCUAGAUGCUAUCAACCAAGUGAUCAGUGCACAGGAUCAGGAGAAGGCUGUCGAGAUGGAGAAAUCUAUCGCGCAUGAUUCUGAAUAUGAUUCUGUUCGUGCAGCCGUCAGUAACACCGAUGGUGGGGAAGUUGCCAACACUGUACGUGCUUGGGUUCUAGGCAUGCUUUUUACAACUAUCGGGAGUGGGUUGAACAUGUUCUUGAGCAUGAGGAGCCCUGCCAUCUCGUUCCCUGCUCUUGUGAUACAAUUGCUGGUCUUCCCAAUUGGUUGUUUAUGGGCCAAGACUAUGCCUAGCCGGAAAUUCAAUACUUUUGGGUUGCAGUGGACUCUAAACAGUGGGCCUUUCACGAUCAAAGAGCAUGCGGUCAUCACAAUUAUGGCAAAUGUGUCGAUCGGCUAUGCUUAUUGUACGGACGCUCUCUUGGCAUUGAAAGCAGAACCACUUUACAACUUGGACGUCGGGUGGGGUUUCCAGCUCCUGUUUGCUUUAAGCAGUCAAGUUAUCGGCAUGUCCUUAGCUGGUGUCUUUCGACGCUUCCUCGUGUGGCCCGCUGCCAUGAUAUGGCCUGGUCAAUUUGCAAACACUUCUUUGUUCUAUGCUCUCCAUGACUGGAGUAGCUCAGAUGCCGCGCAAACGCAUGGAUGGAAAGUCUCACGCUAUCGGUAUUUCCUUUAUGUGACAGCUGGGGCAUUUGCCUGGUAUUGGAUACCCGGGGUCAUAUGGCAAGGACUCUCAGUUUUUGCUUUUGUCACCUGGAUCCGGCCCAACAACGUUGUUCUAAACCAGCUCUUCGGUGGGUUUACAGGGCUUUCUCUCAUCCCCAUUACCUUUGAUUGGACCUAUGUUUCAGCAUAUCUUCUGGAUCCUCUACUCGCACCAGUCCAUGCUAUCCUCAAUACUUUCAUCGGACUUGUUGUUUUUGUGCUGAUAACCACAAUUGGAAUUUCAUACUCGGGCGCACUCUAUUCUGCAUACCUCCCAAUCAACACGUCUACCACCUACGACAAUACACAAAAGAGCUACAAUGUGACCCGAAUUUUAGGACCUAAUUUCUCCUUUGACGAGGAGGAGUACAAGUCUUAUUCGCCUAUGUUUCUUGCUCCGACUUUUGCACUGAACUAUGGGCUCUCAUUUGCGGCCCUGACUGCAGCUAUCGUCCAUGUUAUACUUUUUCAUCAGAAGGAACUCUGGCAUCGCUUCAAGGCUUCCCGAGAGCAGGAGCCUGAUAUUCAUCUGACUCUGAUGAAGAGAUACAAUGAAGCCCCAGAUUGGUGGUAUGGUGCGCUGUUUCUCUUCUCCAUCGCUCUGGGCCUCGCUGGCGUUCUGGCAUACGACUCGCAGCUUCCGUGGUGGGCUUUCUUCGUCUCCAUUAUCCUCGCAGUGGUCUUCAUUGUUCCGACGUGCAUGAUUCUCGGCGUAACCAAUAUCACACUGUCUCUCAACGUGUUGUCUCCCUUUUUGGCUGGCUUCAUGAUCCCCGGGAAGCCCAUUGGUGUUAUGGUGUUCAAAGUUUUCAGUACUAUCACUCUAGGACAGGCUCAGGUCUAUUGCUCUGAUCUCAAGUUGGCCCACUACAUGAAAGUGCCCCCUCGCGUUACGUUCAUGUGUCAGGUUGUCGCUACCAUCUGGGCUAGCAUAGUUCAAAUUGCAGUCAUGAAUUGGACGCUGGGUAAUAUUGAUGGGGUUUGCACCUCUGACCAACCGGCGCAUUUCACAUGCCCAAAUGGAAGGACAUUUUUCUCAUCCAGUAUUGUUUGGGGUGUCAUCGGCCCUAACCGCAUGUUUGGGCCUGGUGCCAUAUACACUAACAUACAGUGGUUCUGGCUAAUCGGUGCACUUUUGCCAGUGGUAUUCUAUGCGACGAUUCGCGUUUUUCCUCGAUCGAAGCUCAGGUUCCUCAAUGCGCCCGUAAUGCUAGGUGCCAUGUCCUGGUUGCCUCCCGCCACGCCAUUGAGUUAUGCCUCUUGGGUGAUGUUUGGUCUCAUCUUCAAUUACUGGAUUCGACGCCGGUGGGGCGGGUGGUGGCAUACAUACAACUAUGUCACCGCUGCAGCGCUUGACUCGGGGCUCAUUCUUUCCACAAUUGUGAUAUUCUUCGCUAUCACUUUACCCGGCGUUUCAAUUCCACAAUGGUGGGGAAAUACGGCUCCCUUUGAGACCAUGGACUAUCUUUACACUGCGAUCCGAAAAACCGUUAAUGAGGGAGAGACAUUUGGACCAGCUCGAUGGUAG